UAGAAAAGAAAAAGGGGAGGUUUGUGAUGAUUUUUCAAUCUUUUAUACUAGGUAAUCUAGUAUCCUUAUGCAUGAAGAUAAUAAAUUCGGUCGUUGUGGUCGGACUCUAUUAUGGAUUUCUGACCACAUUCUCCAUAGGGCCCUCUUAUCUCUUCCUUCUCCGAGCUCGUGUUAUGGAAGAAGGAGAAGAAGGAACCGAGAAGAAAGUAUCAGCAACAACCGGUUUUAUUACGGGAUAGCUCAUGAUGUUCAUAUUGAUCUAUUAUGCGCCUCUGCAUCUAGCAUUGGGUAGACCUCAUACAAUAACUGUCCUAGCUCUACCGUAUCUUUUGUUUCAUUUCUUCUGGAACAAUCACAAACACUUUUUUGAUUAUGGAUCUACUAACAGAAAUUCAAUGCGUAAUCUUAGCAUUCAAUGUGUAUUCCUGAAUAAUCUCAUUUUUCAAUUAUUCAACUAUUUCAUUUUACCAAGUUCAAUGUUAGUCAGAUUAGUCAACAUUCCAUCUGAUUUGAAUUAA